AUGGACAUGGCGGAGGUGGACUCAUCGCAGGCCCUGGUGAACCACUGGCGCAUCUUCAGGAUAAUCGGAGCGCAUCCGGCGGAGAAGGGAACAUUCUGGGGUCGCCACUAUACGGCGUACUCCGUGGUGUGGAACUUUUGCUUCCACAUAUGCCUCUGCAUCUCCUUUACGGUCAACCUCAUGCAGUCCAACUCGCUGGAUACCUUCUGCGAGGGCCUCUGCGCGACCAUGCCGCACACCCUCUACAUGCUGAAGCUGAUCAAUGUCUAUCGCAUGCGCGACGAGAUGAUCCGCAGCCACCGGGUGCUCAAUCACUUGGACAGUCGGCUGGGCACCGCCGAGGAACGCCGUAUUGUUGGGGCAAACAUUGAGCUGACCAAGUUCGUAUUCCGCCACUUUUCGCGCGGCGUUACGAGCAUCGUCAUAGUGGGCAUCCUUUACAUGGCCAUGGCCAACGAGCCCACGGUGAUGUACCCCUCCUGGAUACCCUGGAACUGGAGGGACAGCACGUCCGUUUUCCUCCCCACCGCCAUACUGCACACGAGCGCCAUCAUUGCGAAUGCAUUGAUGGUCUCCAAUCUGUGCACCUAUCCGGGCACCUACCUCAUCCUGGUCAGAGCCCACACCAAGGCGCUCGCCCUGCGGGUCUCCAAGCUGGGACAUGGCACGCCUCUGUCGGCGGCUCGGAUGCAUGCCCUUAUCUCUGAGUGCAUCCACGACCACCAGAGCAUUCUGCACCUCUUCAAGUCGCUGGAGAGAUCGCUGUCGAUGACCUGCUUCCUGCAGUUGUUUUGCACGGCUGCUGCCCAGUGCAGCAUCAUCUUCUUCCUGCUCUUCGGGAGCGUGGGGAUCAUGAGGUUCAUGAACAUGAUGGUCCUGCUGCUGCUCGUCUCCACAGAGACCCUGCUGCUCUGCUACGUGGCGGAGCUCGUUUGCGAGGAGGGAGAUGCCCUCGUGGCAGCUGUCUACAGCUGCAACUGGGUUUCCCAAACGGUUCAGUUCCGGCGGCUCCUGAUCCUGAUGCUCGCACGCUGCCAGAAGCCACUGAUCCUGGUCUCCGGCAUAAUAGUGCCCAUCAGCAUGAGGACCUUUCUGACGGUGAUUAAGGGUGCAUACACCAUGCUCACUCUGCUGAAUGAAAUUCGUAAAUCGUAACUUAAAUAGAGGUCAUCUG